CAAAUAAGGAUACGUAUGCAAAUGUAGGUAAAUGGAAACCUUGAACUAUUCGAUAGCCAAGCUCACAUGUGCAUUGUGCGGACGCGUUAGCUGGUCUACAUGCCUCCGGCAACAUGUUGCAUGAGUGGCAGCCGAUAUUGAAGUGGUUGGCCAUUGUUGGAUUGGUGCCAUUUGCCAACAACGGCAAACGUGAACUCCAGCAAUGGCAACGCAUCUACACAUUCGUCAUGCUGGCAGCGAAUUGGAUUCUAACUGCCUAUGGGAUCUUCGAACAGCCAAUGGAUGACGAAGUGCUGGUAUCCAAUUAUGUCAGCGUUAUGGUUUUUCUCAGUCAAAGUAUAUCGCUAAGUGUCUGCCUGCUCGAGGGAAUGUGCACCUAUCGUCGACAUUUUGCAUUCUUGCAACAAUCGCAGCGUAUUGUGUGGCUGUUUCAGCAGCGCCUACAAACUGGGCUGUGUCGUUGGAGUUUGCGGCGUCGCCAACGUUUCAAAUAUAUCUGCUACUCAUGUGUCGCCUAUGGCAGUUUGUCCAUAUCGAUGGUGGUCAUUUCGAUCAAAUACUAUUACGGUUACUUUUGGUAUGCGUUGGGCUGUAUUCUGGUGUUGCGUACCCGCUGCCUGUUGGCCAUUAUCUAUAUGGAUUAUAUCGAUUUUUAUAUGACACAUUUGAAUAUGAAGCUGCGUUCGGUGGUCAAUUCUCGUAUGCGCAAGCCGCGCUUGUGUUUGGAUGUCAAUUACAGAAUGUUGGAAUCUUUCGAUUAUUUGUUGCAGUUGAAAUUGGUGUAUAGUGAGAUAUAUAAAUUAACAGCUAUGUUCGAUGACUUAUUUGGUUGGUCGCUAUGUGCCUUACUAACGGUUAUUUUUCUGGAUAUUACCGUUAAUUCAUAUUGGACGUUUCUAACAUUAUCGCGUGUUUUCGAAUUCUAUUUCCUAUACUUAACCAUGUCAACGGCAUUUCCACUGGCAACCGUUAUAAGCUUUGCAUGCUAUGCUGGGGAGAACUGCAAGCAGCAGGGUAUGACCACCGGCAUCUUGGUACAGCGGUUAUUAAACAGCAGAUACAAAUAUACAAAUACAAAAACCUACAAUGAUUUGUUAUUCGAAUUUGCUAUGCAAAUAAAGCAAGAUCCAAUGGUAAUAGUGCUUAAAGAGUUUGUGGUUGUGGAUUUGCGAUUACUAAUGAAGAUUUUCACAGCAAUAGUAACAUAUUUGGUAAUACUAUUACAAUUUCGAUGGACAUAUCCUGAGGACUACGGAGAUGUGAACUGAGGCAUUUUUGAAGAAACGAAAUAAAUUAAAAAUUAUUUGGAACUAUAAUGUGCAUAUACAUAUGUCCAUAUGUACAUAUAUAUAAUAUAUACUACAUGUAUAAGAGUCUUUGGAAUCAAUUAGAUAAUACUAAAAAUGUUAAAUUUAAGGAAAUGUAAUGAAAUUGCGUGCAUGUCUAUGGAAAUAAUGAACACAGCGUUAAGAUUUCGUUCUAGUGAGCAAUACUUAAAGAAUUCCUGUCUACAUACGUACAUAUCUGCAUACCGAAUAUAUUUAUCUACAAAUAUAUUAUUUGAUUGCAAGCACAUACAUGAGUGUUUUUAUGAAUGAAUUAUUCAGGUCUUUACGGCAAAGGGGGCUCGGCUCUUCUCACAAGAAGUGAGCGUGAAACCGGUUUGCUUGUAUAAUUAAAAUUGUA